GAAAACGAUGCUUUUCGAAGAUAUUCGAAUGGUGCUUGUUGUUGCCGUUUUCGGAUUGUGUUGUUUUUUCCAUCAAUCGAGAAUCGAAGACAUCACUGUUUUACGUCGAAGUGCUGUAAUUUGGUAACGAUAACAAAACAAACAACAAUGUAUUCCGACCUCUUUGAUGCACUCGGAGGAAACCCCAAUGGUUCGUCGUCGAGCAAUGCUCGCAACAGCAAUAAUGACAGUGACGAAGACAAACCUCUGCUGAGUUUCAAAGCCGGCAAGGUAGAGCUCGCGCUUCAGGAAAACGGUAAAUUCUUGGCGACUCCCGACACUCGCCGGUGCCAAGUGAAUCUAAAGUACAACGGGGACUCCAAACUUAUCUGGGAAUGGUAUGAUCGACGGGAAAAGAAAGUGAUGGACACAAUUUGCAUCACUGAUCCCGUGAAUCUCGAACGCGCCGACGUACCGAAGUCUCAAGACGCAGAUUGCAACGACCGAGUUUAUUACUGGAAGUUGGACAGCGAAUGGAGAAUGUUCUGGCUACAGGACAAGGAAGAAGACCCAGAGCUUAUCGGAAAGGUGAAUGCAGUACUCAAAGAACCAACCAAACCGUCGACGGAAGGUUCAGAAGAGGCCGCUGAUGCUACAGCGAGUGCGAGCGACCCAGUUUCUGCACGGUCUCCGUCGAGCGUCUCAACAACGACGCGACAGGUAGAUGCCCUAAGCAACAUUUUGGAAAAUCUUGGGAUGCCACAGGGGGCUGACAAAAGCAGCACGGGUGCUGAAGGUUCCGCCGGAGCAGCUCCAGCUGGCACUGGUGGAAUCCUCACUCUAGCCGACCUGCAAAGCGCCAUGGGUGGUGUCCAAAAACAGCAGGAAAAUACAAACACACCUGGGUUGCACGAAGUUGUUACCCCUGGUGCUAUAAGUAGUCUUUUAGCCGACGAAGCUGUGCGCAAUCGUUUGUUGCAAGAACUCCCGGAAGAACAGCGUUCACCAGAGUUCCUCGAAUCUUGCCUCCGCAGCCCACAAGUUCAACAGGUACGAUUUCAUUUCAUUCUUGUUUUAUCCACUUCCAUAUCUUGCAUGUUUGGUAAACAUGAAACACUGUUUUAAACAGAUGCCUCAAUAAUUUUCUCCUCGUUGCUUCGACAAAUGUUCUGUUUGACUUCACUUGUAUAUUAUUUUCGACAUCGAAUCGACUCGAUUGUACAAUCGUGCCGGAUCUUCACUCAUUAUCAGACGCUACGUUCAUUGACGGCAGCGUUAUUACCCGAUGACAAUGGUAGCACGGACGGUUACCAUUCAGUUUUGGCCAACUUUCAGUUGGAUGCCGCUGAUGGACAGAAGGCUCUUUCCGAGGGAAAAUCUCCCAUACAGGCGUUUCUGGAUUGUGUCUUAGCGAGUGUUGAGAAAGAGAAGGUGGAUAGUGGCAAAGACGAUAACAAAAAAAGCGAAGACGAAGAUGCUGAAAUGAAGGAGGAUUAGAGAUUCAAACUUUUCUUUUGCGUCGUCAAAAGCCUUUGUGGUCAAUUUUGUAUUGGAAUGUGAGCAAGAUAUGAAGCGAAAAUCAAAUACUCUCACAAUCGAUCACCAAUAUACAUAACGUUGAUAAAAAAAGCGUAAAAUG